AUGUCUAUUAAGAUGGAAAUGCCCAAGAUCGAACCCCAAGAUGAAGAAAGGAUGAAAAUGCUUUCAAACAUUUUAAUGUAUACCUGUUCGUUAUCUACGGAUGAGAUUAAAGAUCUCUAUUCAGUUUUACAGGGAUAUUGUUUGGGACUUGGUGAUUUCAACGGAUGGGAUUGGGCUUGUCCCGAACUUCCAACGAUAUACGAGCUGGAAGAUGAGUCUUCAUUUCAAUCCGAAUCCAUGUUGAAAAAAACUUUUAACGAGUAUUCGAUGAUUGGUAAUUGGUGCGAUGCGUGUAACAAAAUUUCUGAGGAAACUCAUACCCACAUAUACUGCUCUGAUUGCGAUCGGGUCUAUGAACCAUUUUGCGGUUUGUUAAAGAAUGAAUGUAUUUGUGAUUUAAUACCGGUGGGAGAGUGUUUUCCGUUGAAACAAGAUUUUGAGAAAUUUUUAUUGGAUAAUAAUGUUUGUGAUAUGUCAAAUCAUCAAUGUAAGGAUUUUUGCGGUUGCAAGUUUGUUUGUGGUUUAACGCGUCCAAUUGGUUGUUCUGUUUGGAAUAAGAAAAUUGACUAUGAAAUGUGUAAUUGGCAUUCUAAUAAUUUGGAUAAUGUCUCACACGAUUGUAUAGGAAAGGUUUCGCAUGGAUUCAUCAAAAAAUGA